CAAGUUUUAAUUGUUGCACCAACCCGGGAAAUCGCAGUUCAAAUUCAAGAAGUCAUUGGAUUCAUUGGAUGUCAUAUCGAAGGAUUAAAGGUAGAAUCCUUCAUUGGGGGCCUACCGCUCCAAGACGACAAGGAGAAAUGUAAAAAUUGUCACAUUGCCGUUGGUACCCCUGGAAGACUGAAACAUUUAAUCAAAGAAGGCGUUAUGAUAACCAAAUCCGUACAUCUCUUCGUACUCGACGAGGUCGACAAACUAAUGGAGUCUAGUUUCCAAAACGACAUCAACGAAAUUUACAACAGUACGCCCCCUAAAAAACAAAUCAUAACCACCAGUGCCACUUACUCUAAAGAACUAGCAGAGUUUCUAGAAGAGUACAUGUGUUCACCCACACACGUAACGGCAGAGCUGGAGACGCCUUUGCUUCUAGGCUUGAAGCAGUUUGCUGUUGUCGUCGACUCUCACACAAAUGUGGUUCAGCAGAUGCGGGUUAAAACUGAACAGCUGGUAAAGAUAUUUUCCAGUAUCUCUUUCACGCAGUGUAUAGUGUUCUCCAAUUACCAGUCGAGGGCAGAGAGCAUAAGUAAUCUCCUGAACCAGAAAGGGUGGCACUCCACUUACAUAUCGGCGGCGCAAACUCAGAACGAACGGUUGUUGGCUGUUAAUAGCCUCAAGAAGUUCGAAUGCCGCAUAUUAUUGUCCACGGAUCUGAUGUCGAGAGGAAUCGACGCUGCAAAUGUAGAUCUGGUUAUAAAUUAUGACGUUCCUUUGGAAGCGACGACUUAUCUGCACAGAAUGGGAAGGGCGGGUCGUUACGGGUCGUUUGGGGCUUGCAUUAAUUUGGUGUCAGGAGUGGCCGAGUUGAGCAUCCUGCAGGGAAUUCUCGGGCAGAUCGGAGGCUCAACACUGUCUAUACCUAAGCUUCCUACCUUUUCCGGUAACGUAUCGGAUUUACUGAAGGCUGAUUUAUCUUCAGAGGAACACAUCGUCGCCAGGACUGAUAACAUCAACAAUUCGAAUUCUGAGCUGUGGAGUAAGAGUAGGGUGUACGAUUUAACGAAAAGAAACGGCAAAUCGAAAUCAGGAAAGAGAUCUAAAUCGGGUAGCGGGAAAACGGCAUCGAAAAAAGAAACGAGCUCGGAGGCUGAAUCUGCUGAUAAUUCCCAGAUACUGAGUAUUCUGAACGAUAAUAAGAAUGAGGUUGAGGAGGUGCAGAAACAAAUUUCGAAUAUGGAUGCUCAGUCGAUAUUGGAGUCUCUAGCGUCUCAACAGUUUGAGAUGGAAGAAAGAACUGGGUGCGGUUCAACUUGGCAGCCCCCUCCAGGAGUUGAUGCAGCACCAGAAACCGCUGUUGCAAGCGAUAGGGCUGCCAUUAAUAACAUUCUUCACACGCUUCUGAACCAGAAAAAUAUUGAAACCGCGGGUGAAUCCCACAGUAGACCAGCGAAUGAAGACGGCAGGAAAGAUUCUUGUAUGGAUUCUGACGAUCAGAAACGGAAGGCAGUGUUCACAAAAAACAUGGCGCUGCUGAACGUUUCCAAAAUCUUGGAUGGAAAAGAUGAAGCUGGAUUUAUUUCAGAGGAAUCCCCGAUUUCCGAGUACCUGGACAUGCUGAAGAAACAGGAAAAAGAGAAGGUGUCUGAAUUAUCGAAACUGAGCUUGAAUGACAUUUUGGGUACUCUGCAAGAUGUUGAGAAACUUCCACAGUGUACUACCCCCUCCCUGCCACUAGAAGACGCUCCGUUCAAAAUGGAGGACGUGUUUAAACUCGGAUACGACUGUAUCGUUAAGUCCGACAAUGACAGUUGGAAAACACUUCUAGACAGUGUCGCAGCGGAAGUUGAUACGCAGGAGCAAACAGAGGAAAACGAAGGGAUCGACACGGAUGGAGAAAUCGAAGCGAUGAGCACGGAGGAGAAAGAAAUUGAGGUUAUGAAAUGGGUUCCCGUGGAAGCGACUAGUAAAAGUCGUGAGGCGGGGUAUACCUGCACCUCUCAAACGGUUGAACGCGAUUACGAGAACUACAGUCACCUCAGUGCGUAUUUCAAUGAGUGUAGUGAACAGCUGUGGCAGAACGGGUUGAACUUCGAUAAUGUCGCAAGUUUCGACGACUGGUUUCACUACGAGUGGGAGGCACAGUUGUAUUCCAUACGGAACUUUGUCCAACAGAAUAUAUACGUUUCGGAAAUGAGUCGGUAUCAGAACACGAUGGCAGGUAAAAAGUAAGGGAACCGUUGAGGCUGACCACAUGAUCUCCGCUGGAUAGAGACCCUUCAAGCUGAUUUCUGCUGAGUUUUCCGUCUUACCUCGGGAAAGUCUAGUAAACGAAUCGAAUCAGCGGGUCUUUGUGAUUUUUUUUAGGUCAUUAGAAUUGCAUGUUGGGGACGCAUCAGUUUGUUUUCAACAGAGCUAUGAAAGACAUGUGAUAAUAGAAGUAAAAAAUCAAUGUAAUUGUUUUUAUAUAAUUUUCCAAUUAUAGUAUUAUUUCAACUCAA